AUGGCGUCACUCGGCGACGACCAAGCUGCCGCGGAGCUGCUGGACGAAGUUGACGCGGAGCUGCGUGAGCAGGCAGCUGAAGAAUCAGCAAACGUGUUUGUGUCCAUCGCGGGAGCCGCGAGUAAUAACCCGAGAGCCUUUGUCAAAUAG